AGCAUGGAGUCUAUCCUUGCAGCUGUCAACAGUAGCAUAGUCCCUCUACAGGAGUAUCUCCUACAGGGGAGUAUACUGGACUCUUCUAGAGAUAUGCUGCUACACAGAUUAAAGGGACUCUGUGAUAAUGUAGAGGCAGGAACCGUAUCAUUCCAGGACCAUGAGAUGGUCUACAUCAUGAGAUCUAACACAACAAACCAACAGCCAAUGAUAUUUAGAGCAAGACGUUCACUUACACACAGAGAAGCCCCAUGGCACCUACGCUAUCUUGGAACAACAGAGCCAGUAGCAGACAAAAGCCGUCACACAUUAAUGCGCAGCUCAAUAGAUGUAGGAACGUCAGACAAUUUAGUUCAAUUUCUUCGAGAUAUUGGAUUCAGGUUAGACCAUGAAUUUGUGUUAAAAGGCUACUUUUUUCGAAAGGGCAGGAUGAAAGUGACUGUUUCCAAAGUAUUCAGAAUAGUUCAGCCAGAUAAUCCUGAUCGGGUGGAACCUUUGACCGGAUCAUACCUGGUAGAGCUCAGUGUUGUCACUUCUGCAGGCCAGGAACAAGUGCAAGAAGAAAUGAAGAAUUUUGCUGAACAAUUAAAACCAUUGGUUAUAUUAGAGAAGGUGGAUCACCGGAGACUUCAGCAGAAUAUGUGAAACUUGAAAACUGUCGAGUUUCAAUAAUUUUCAAUACAAGAAUGUCAUUCAAGAGUGUCAUUCAAUACAACAUGACGUCCCCCAAUAUAUACCAAGUGACAGUCAGGGUCAGGCAUUCAAACAUUUGAGGAAGUUAGACUUCAAACGCAUGAUCUCAAUUUCUUAUUUUGCAAUCCUUGACUAUAUGUCAAGAAUGCAAUUUAGAAUUUUUAACAACACUCUAGCCUGGCAUAAAAGCGAUGAUGUAUGUCCCAUGCUUUCGAUAAACUCAGUUGUUUAGUUUAUAUCCCAGCAUCAGUGUGUUUUGCAUGACAUAACUACAAUACUGGAUAUUGUAAUCUGAACUAUAAAAAGUAUAAUAAACGUUGGGAUUAAGUGUAUAUCAGUACAUGGAAAAACAUGUUCUGUUAGUCUUGCUUCAAAUAUGCUGAUAUCGGAUAUAAGGUGUCAGUAUGAAGUAUAUUUUAACUCUGAAUGUUAUCUUGUACUAACAUCCAACUUGAUGAUAUGACUGGGAUAAUAAAGUACUCACUUUUCACAGCAAAAAA